CGGUAGAUAGGCUGCUGCCGAAGGAAGCCUUGGACAAAGAAUCGCCCGAAAAGAAGACUCUCAGCCUGCAGAGCCUCGUCGGGUGCGGAUUCCCGCAGGAAGCCGGGGUUCGCACGCGACUCGACUGUGAUUUAGAGCUUGUGCACCAAACUGAGCCAGACUGAGCCAAAUCGUCUCCUUUCUCCGUUGAAAUCGCCCUUUGGGAGAUUGGUCCCCACCCAACGUCAAUAGAGAAAUCCGCCCCGAAAUCAGAUCCUCAGACUCCGUCGCCGCAACGAACCCGGACGUUUCCCUCUCCGACGAGCCCCGUCUCCGACGCAACCACGCCGCCCUCCGCCAGAGAAUGACCCGUGCCCGACGGACGGUUCAUCGUGCUGGGAUUACACCUGGGGUUUCAUCGAGACCGGCUCCUCCAGCGCGCGGAGCUGAUUGAUCGCACCCAUUUUGUCCAUCUCCCAAGCCUGCCCCCGGCCGAGGAGAUCGUGUCGCAACGCCCAGGGCCCCCGAACACGCCGCCCGGCGAAGUCUCCUAGAAGACCGCCAACAUGGCUGGCGGAAACAUCAAGGUCGUGGUCCGUUGCCGGCCCUUCAACGGGCGAGAAAUGGACCGCGGCGCAAAAUGUAUCGUCGAAAUGAAGGACAACCAGACGGUGAUCACGCCGUCGUCGGACUCGGGCAAAGGCGCCAAGGACCUGGCCCCGAAGGCCUUCGCCUUUGACAGGUCGUACUGGUCCUUCGACAAAAGCGCACCAAACUACGCCGGCCAGUCCAACUUGUUCGACGAUCUGGGGAAGCCCCUUCUCGAUAACGCCUUCCAGGGAUACAACAACUGUAUUUUUGCCUAUGGACAGACCGGUUCUGGAAAGUCGUACUCCAUGAUGGGAUACGGCAAGGAGAUCGGUAUCAUCCCUAUGAUUUGUCAGGACAUGUUCAAGAGGAUAGGCGACAUGCAGAAGGACCCAAACCUGAAGUGCACCGUCGAGGUGUCAUAUCUCGAGAUCUACAACGAGCGAGUGCGCGAUCUGCUGAACCCAAGCACCAAGGGAAACCUCAAGGUCCGCGAACACCCCUCGACCGGUCCUUACGUCGAAGAUCUUGCGAAGCUGGUUGUCGGCAGCUUCCAGGAGAUCGAGAACCUCAUGGACGAGGGCAACAAGGCGAGAACGGUGGCGGCCACCAACAUGAACGAAACGUCGAGUCGAAGUCACGCUGUUUUUACCUUGAUGGUCACCCAGAAGAAAUUCGAUGUCGACACCAAGAUGGAGAUGGAAAAGGCGGCCAAGAUCAGUCUGGUGGAUCUGGCAGGCUCGGAGCGCGCCACCUCCACCGGAGCUACCGGCGCACGUCUCAAGGAAGGUGCCGAGAUCAACCGGUCUCUGUCAACGUUGGGCCGUGUCAUCGCCGCCCUCGCCGACCUCUCAACCGGAAAGAAGAAGAAGGGUCCUGGCGGCACUGUUCCAUACCGAGACAGUGUUCUGACCUGGCUCUUGAAGGACUCGCUCGGAGGAAACAGCAUGACUGCCAUGAUUGCUGCCAUCAGUCCGGCCGACAUCAACUUUGACGAGACGCUGAGCACGCUGCGUUAUGCGGACUCUGCGAAGCGCAUCAAGAACCACGCCGUCGUAAACGAAGACGCCAACGCCCGCAUGAUAAGAGAGCUCAAGGAGGAAUUGGCCAUGCUCAAGAACAAGCUCGGUGGCGGCAGCAGCGGAGGAGGUGGCGGCGGCGGCGUUGGCGUGCCUGCUGAGGAGGUGUAUGCCGAAGGGACGCCGCUGGAGCAGCAGAUUGUCAGCAUUACACAGUCCGAUGGAUCCGUCAAGAAGGUCUCCAAGGCUGAGAUCGCGGAGCAGCUCAGCCAGAGCGAGAAGCUCUUGACCGACCUCAACCAGACGUGGGAGGAAAAGCUGCAGAAGACCGAGGAGAUUCACAAGGAGCGCGAGGCCGCACUCGAGGAGCUGGGUAUCAGCAUCGAGAAGGGCUUCAUUGGGCUCAGCACGCCCAAAAAGAUGCCUCACUUGGUCAAUCUGUCAGACGACCCACUCCUGGCCGAGUGCCUGGUCUACAACCUCAAGCCUGGAACGACGAUGGUCGGCAACGUCGAAUCCAACGCCGAGCACCAGGCAAAUAUCCGCCUGAAUGGCUCCGGGAUUCUGCACGAACACUGCACUUUCGAGAACGCGGCAGACGGCACCGUCACGCUGGUUCCGAAAGAGGGCGCCGCGGUCAUGGUUAAUGGCAAGCGCAUCACGGAGCCCAAGCAGCUCCACUCCGGAUACAGGAUCAUUCUCGGCGACUUCCAUAUUUUCCGAUUCAACCAUCCCAUGGAAGCAAAGGCGGAGCGCGCGGAGCAGAGCCUGCUGCGGCAGUCCAUCACCGCCAAUCAGUUGGCGAACCUCGACAAGAUCUCCCCCCUGCCCUCGCCCAGGCCCGGCGGCCAUGACAGGUCUGUCAGCAAGGCUGGCUCUGAUUUUGGCGAUAGUCGCCCAGACUCGCCUUCGCCGUUCUCGCGCAACGACGGCAACUCUGACUGGUCGUUUGCGCGCAGAGAAGCAGCGGGUGCUAUCCUUGGGUCUGACCAGAACUUCACAAACCUCACGGAUGAAGAGCUCAACGUGCUCUUUGAGCAACUCCAGCGAGCAAGAGCCGAGAGAGUCAAUGGUACCAGCCGCGAGGGGGACGAAGACUUGGAAUCCAUGGCCUCGUAUCCCAUCCGGGAAAAAUAUCUCUCGACAGGCACAAUCGACAACUUCUCUCUCGACACCGCUUUGACGAUGCCUUCAACCCCUAAGCAGGGCGAGGUGGAAGACAAGCUACGCGAGGUGCGCGAGGACAUGCAAACACAGCUGGAGAAACAAAAAGAUGACUACCGGGAGCAGAUCAAGACCGCCUCAGCAGCCAACGUCGAGGUCGAGGAGAUCAGACAGGAAAAGGCUAAAAUGGAGGAUGCGCUGGUGCAGCUCAAGGCAGACAUGCAGAAGCAGCUCGAGGUCCAACGGAAAGAGUUCGAGGCCAAGAUGGACAAACUCGACCCUCUGAAGCGACCCAAAGCCAACCCGAAACUCUCCGAAGUUGAGAUUGAACAGGCCAAGGAGGUGGUGAAGCAUUGGAAAAAUCGCAGAUACGUGCAUAUGGCAGAGACGCUCCUGCAGCACGCGUCGACGCUCAAGGAGGCACAGGUCAUGAGCCACGAGCUUGAGGAGAAUGUGUUUUUCCAGUUCACUGUUGUCGACGUCGGCCACGCUCUCUGCUCGAUGUAUGAUAUGGUGCUGAGCGGGCUGCCUGGUGAGGGUGACGACAUUGCUCUCGAGGAGGCACCCAAGCCGUGCAUCGGCGUCCGCGUUAUCGACUACAAGGACGGCUCCGCUCGCCUGUGGAGUUUGAACAAGCUGCUCGACCGCGUGCGGCAGAUGCGGCAGAUGUACCAGUACCUUGACGAGCCCGAGUACUCGCAGCACCUGAGCUUCGACAACCCGUUCGUGGAGAACUGCAUGCCUCAGUUUACGCUCAUCGGAGAGACCGACGUGCCCUUGCGGGCCGUGUUUGAGAGCCGGGUCCAGGACUUCACUCUCGAUGUGCUCUCGCCGCACACGUCGCACGCCAUAGGCAUCAUCAAGCUGUCUCUGGAGCCCUCGAGCGCCCGGGCGCCGACCAACACGCUCAAGUUUAACGUGGUCAUGCACGAGAUGGUUGGCUUUGCGGAGCGCGAGGGCGCCCAGGUGCAUGCCCAGCUGUUCAUCCCUGGAGUCUCGGAGGAGGGCGGCAUCACAACGACGCAGAUGAUCAACGACUUUGACGAGGGCCCCAUCAGGUUCGAGAGCGUGCACAGCAUGAGCAUCCCGCUAUUUGGCCCCCAGGACAUGUGCCUCCGUGUUGCCAUCUUCGCCAAGGUGUCGACCAUGCAUCUUGACAAGCUUCUCAGCUGGGACGACAUGCGAGAGGCCACGCCAGGAAAACAGAAGGCGGCCAGGAUUGCAGAAUCGCAGUUUUACACCAAGGAGAAGCAUGACAUCCUCGCGCGGGUGCAGAUCAUGGAGCUUGACGAGAACGGAGAGUACGUGCCGGUCGAGGUCAUGCAGACCAGCGAGACCGACUCAGGCGCAUUCCAACUCCACCAGGGUCUGCAGAGACGGGUCGCCAUCAGUCUCAACCACAGCUCCGGCGACGCCCUUCCGUGGGACGACGUGCGGUCCCUGCGAGUUGGGAAGAUCCAGCUGGUCGACCAUACCGGCAAGACGCCCGACAUGGGCACUGAGUCUCCCGACAUAUCUUUAAAGCUGUCGACCAAGCCCGUCUUCCGUGACAACGCUAAUGGAACCCGUAGCGUGACCCUGAUCGGGCAGUGGGACUCGAGCCUCCACGGUUCCCUUCUCCUCGACCGUGUCACGGCCGAGAAGUACAAGGUGCAGAUGACGGUCUCUUUCGAUAUCAGCUCCGAGAAGAUGGCAGAGCCCAUGAAGUUCUCCCUGAAUGUCUUCUGCCAAAUCAUGUCGCGGAACUUUGUCAGGCAGACGUCGCUGCUCUCAUCACUGUGGCAAAAUGUCAGGAUUGUCAAAUCCUCAACCGGCAUCUUUACCCUCUCGCUACGCCCUGCGCCCAUCAAGCGGGUGGGUGACAUCUGGCGUCUCAACAGCCAACACGAUUACGUCAAAGGCGAGGAAAACCUCAGCUCCUGGGCUCCUCGUGGCGUCUCACUUGUCAGUGAUUUCAUUGGCGCCAAACGGAGGAGGAGGCGAAUUGCCGAGGUUGGCGGCAUCCAGAACUUCAUCCGAAAGAUCGGCUUGCCCGAGCCCAAGGUCAGGUCGGCCGAUGAGGAUGAUAUCCUUGCCGACAUAGCGCCAUCAAGGGGUCCACGGCCUGACGACCUCGACUCUAUCGACGAGCUUCUCUCGGAUAUUCCCGACGUAUCCACAGCUCCGUCUGUUGCCGAUGACGGCGAAGCGGAGCCCGAAGCCGAUGAAUCUACGCUGAUAGUCUCGGGCAUGCAAAGGGAGGCUGCUGAGUACGGCGAGCAGGAGUCGGCGUUGCUCGAGAAGUGCCUGAAGCUAUGGAAGAGCCAUCCGGAUCCUCUAUUGCAGAUUCUCGGUCCCGCGAACACAAGCCCGCCCGAGAACGGCAUUGCGCCGGAGCCAGAAGAGGCGCCCCGUCUGAUUGCGACGGUGGUGCGCGCCACAAAAAACCCCAAGGUCAUGAAGGGUGGCUAUCUGCUAGUGCCGAGCAGCGACUGCACGCGCUGGAUUAAGCGCUUUGUGGAGCUUCGUCGGCCCUACUUGCACAUCCACAGCGUCUCGGAUGGCGAGGAGGUUUCUAUUGUCAGCCUCCGCAACAGCCGCGUGGACAGCCAGCCAGGUAUCCUGCCGCUGCUGGAAGCUGGAGGCCAUGGCCACGACCCCGAGCCCGCGCCAAGCGAAGACGGACAGGAGCCAGGGUCGGAAUCGCCUGGAGAUGUGCGCCAGAACGGCAACGGCGGUGAUCCAAGGCAGGGACACAGGAGACAAGCCUCUAGUCGCAGCACCAUCUCAUCACUCUGGAGCGGCGUAGCGGCUACCAGGCCGGCAGGGCGUCGUGGCACGGGCCUUGCCGCGCUCAGCGAUCGCCUGCAAGCCGGUGUGUUUGCCAUUUACGGGACUGACAACACGUGGCUGUUUGCGGCACGCAACGAGCGCGAGAAGCUCGACUGGAUCUUCCGCAUCGACCAGAGCUAUGUUGCCUCCAGCGCCACUCCCAGCGGCAUAAGCAGCCCCAUCGGGUUCAAUACGAGAAUGGACGACUGCGACAACUUCUCCAGCGGCAUUUCAAGCCGAUGAUCUCUUUUCUUGACUCUCCUUUUCUCAUUUGGAAUAUCUCUUUGCGUUCUUGUCGCCGCACCGACACGCCUUUACGUCACGAGCCCACGACAUCAACAUGAAGCCCAUCAUUCUUUUUUCUUUCUCACCCGAAUCCAUAUUACAGAUUUCCCUUUGAUGCCGAAUCUAGCACGAGCCCAACCCCUUAUUUCGACAUCUACCCCUUCAUCACCUUACCUACCCCACCCAUAUACCCCUCAUAUUCUGAUUUCAUUCUGACGCAUGGCAGAUGAUGAGGUACGAGGAUCUGUACUACAAGAUGUUUCUUUGAUUUACGCAUAGACCUAUACCCCAGCCUUUGCUUCCACGGUACGAUGCGCCUUUGAUUUGGCCCUUUUUUUUCGACCGCUUGGAGAUACAGGAAAAAGGAUUGCGGCAGUGGAUACUCAAGCAUCAUCACUUGGAGAGAGCGAAGACAGCAGCAGCUGGACGGGCGGAUUUGUCCCCGCUUGUCAUAGAAACAGCAGUAUCAGCUAUGGCACCAUACAUACCUAGGCAUGAGAAUAAUAGAUGGGCAAAUGUGCUCCAUGUGAGCAGAUGCAACACAUGCACG